CUUCGACGACGUUGCGCCACAUUUCUAUUUCUUUCAUAUCUUUUGCAGUUAGUAUUUUUUAUAGGCAAUUUCUUUUGAUUGUGCAUUUGUGCUGGCAGUUAUACGUUGCCAGAGGUUCAAAACUGACUGCAGAUAUUCCUUAGUAUUUUAUUUCUUUCAUAUUGUUGCCGUGUCAACCCGUCAAUUUUCAGUUUUGAACCCUACGAGCAGCGGUGCGGUGCGGUGCGGGUGCUCUCGCCUGGGGGCUGAUUGGCUGAACAACGUCCACCCCGCACGGCCGCACCACGCUUCAUCAUAAAUACGAGUUCACCCGACGUGCGUUCUUCCUGUCUCUCCCCCCUCUCCGCGACCACUACGGCCGCCGACGCCGCCCUACACCAGGUGCCGAGGCCUUCGUUGGCUCUUGGCCGGCGACGAGCACCUGCCAGACUAGGAGCAAACCUCUCACCAUGUCGUGGGCUGCAAUAGAGAAUGAUCCUGGUGUUUUUACAGAACUGUUGCAGCAGAUGCAACUGAAGGGUCUUCAAGUUGAUGAAAUCUAUUCACUUGACCUGGAUGCUCUCAAUGAUCUUCAGCCAAUAUAUGGGCUAAUAGUGCUAUACAAAUGGCGACCUCCAGAAAAGGAUGAGCGUCCUGUCAUCAAGGAUGCAAUUCCAAACCUUUUCUUUGCCAACCAGAUAAUUAACAACGCGUGUGCAACCCAAGCUAUCCUUUCGGUUCUGUUGAACUCUCCUGGCAUCACCCUCAGUGAUGAACUUAAAAAGCUGAAGGAAUUUGCAAAGGAUUUGCCACCCGAGCUCAAAGGAUUGGCUAUCGUUAAUUGUGAAAGCAUUCGCAUGAUAAACAACUCGUUGGCAAGGUCAGAGGUCUCUGAGGAGCAGAAACGACCUAGCAACGGCGACGAUGUUUACCAUUUCAUAAGCUAUGUUCCAGUGGAUGGUGUCCUGUAUGAGCUUGAUGGGCUAAAGGAAGGACCAAUAUGCCUGGAAAAAUGCCCAGGUGGUGUUGGUGAUGCAGGGUGGCUUAGGCUAGCGCAGCCUGUCAUUAAAGGGCACAUUGAUCUGUUCUCUCAGAAUGAUGUAAGAUGCAGUGUGAUGGCAAUCUUAAAGAACCGGAAGGAGAUGUGCACGGUGGAACUCAAAGAACUAAAGAGGAAGAGGGAGAGCCUCUUGCAACAGACGGGCUAUCCUUCUGCAAUUAGGCACGUGCCAUCUGUUGAGCAGUCACUAGCGGAGGUGUCAGCUCAGAUAGAGGCUGUGACGGAGAAGAUGAUAAUGGAGGAAGAGAAGGUGAAGACGUGGAAGACGGAGAACUUGAGAAGGAAGCAUAAUUACGUUCCCUUCCUGUUCAAUUUCCUCAAGAUUCUUGAGGAGAAGCAGCAAUUGAAUCCCCUGAUAGAGAAGGCAAAGGCGAAGCAGAAGUCGCACUGCCCCAGUCCUAGGUGAAAGAUGCAAUGAUGCCAUUUCAUUCACAUAUUAGUAACGUAAUGGGUAAUCAACAACAUUAAAUUAUGUUUGUUUAAGUAACGUAAUGGGUAAUGCAAUGAUUCGUAGUUGGGUCCUUGUUUUCUUGACCAGUAUUUGAACCUUAUGUUUAUCUCUACUAGUUUUAUUAGGUAGUGCACAAAUGGCUGCCAUUACAUGUUUGAGGUGAACGAGUCUUGACGAGACGAGUGCCUCGUGGACUGUAUGCAGUCAUACUGAUGUGUUUGAACACCAUCCAUGAAAUGGCUUACACAGUUUCUUUGUUC